ACACGCUGCUCCGGCCCCCUCCCUUCUCUCCCACUCGCUUCUUCCUCUCCCGGAGAGGGGAGAGGGCUGGGAGGAGGGCUGGCGACCGGCCCCGGAGGAGGGGGGGCGCCGAGGGGGCUGUGAUCAGAAGGAGCAGUAGCAGCAGCAGCACGAGAAGAUGCUGAGGAUGCGGACCACGGGAUGGGCGCGCGCCUGGUGCCUGGGCUGCUGCCUCCUCUUGCCGCUCUCGCUCAGCCUGGCGGCCGCCAAGCAACUCCUCCGGUACCGGCUGGCCGAGGAGGGCCCCGCAGACGUCCGCAUCGGCAACGUGGCCUCGGACCUGGGCAUCGUGACGGGCUCGGGCGAGGUGACUUUCAGCCUGGAGUCGGGCUCCGAGUACCUGAAGAUCGACAACCUCACGGGCGAGCUGAGCACGAGCGAGCGGCGCAUUGACCGCGAGAAGCUGCCCCAGUGUCAGAUGAUCUUCGACGAGAACGAGUGCUUCCUGGACUUCGAGGUGUCGGUGAUCGGGCCCUCGCAGAGCUGGGUGGACCUGUUCGAGGGUCGCGUCAUCGUGCUGGACAUCAACGACAACACGCCCACCUUCCCGUCGCCCGUGCUCACCCUCACGGUGGAGGAGAACCGGCCGGUGGGCACCCUGUACCUGCUGCCCACCGCCACCGACCGCGACUUCGGUCGCAACGGCAUCGAGCGCUACGAGCUGCUCCAGGAGCCCGGGGGAGGCGGCGGCGGCGAGGGUCGGCGCGCCGGGGCUGCCGACAGCGCCCCCUACCCCGGGGGCGGCGGGAGCGGCGCGAGCGGCGGCGGCGGCUCCAAGCGGCGUCUGGACGCACCGGAGAGCGGCGGCGGCGGCGGCGGCGGCGGCAGCGGGGCCAACCCCGGCGGCCGCAGCAGCGUGUUCGAGCUGCAGGUGGCCGACACCCCGGAUGGCGAGAAGCAGCCGCAGCUGAUCGUCAAGGGGGCGCUGGACCGCGAGCAGCGCGACUCCUACGAGCUGACCCUGCGGGUGCGCGACGGCGGCGACCCGCCCCGCUCCUCCCAGGCCAUCCUGCGGGUGCUCAUCACCGACGUGAACGACAACAGCCCCCGCUUCGAGAAGAGCGUGUACGAGGCCGACCUGGCGGAGAACAGCGCCCCGGGGACCCCCAUCCUGCAGCUGCGCGCCGCCGACCUGGACGUGGGGGUCAACGGGCAGAUCGAGUACGUGUUCGGCGCGGCCACCGAGUCGGUGCGGCGGCUGCUGCGCCUGGACGAGACGUCGGGCUGGCUCAGCGUCCUGCACCGCAUCGACCGCGAGGAAGUGAACCAGCUGCGCUUCACCGUCAUGGCCCGCGACCGCGGGCAGCCCCCCAAGACCGACAAGGCCACCGUGGUCCUCCUCAUCAAGGACGAGAACGACAACGUGCCGUCCAUUGAGAUCCGGAAGAUCGGGCGCAUCCCGCUCAAGGACGGGGUGGCCAACGUGGCCGAGGACGUGCUGGUGGACACCCCCAUCGCCCUGGUGCAGGUGUCGGACCGGGACCAAGGGGAGAACGGGGUGGUCACCUGCACGGUGGUGGGGGAUGUGCCCUUCCAGCUCAAGCCGGCCAGCGACACGGAGGGCGACCAGAACAAGAAGAAGUACUUCCUGCACACCUCGGCCCCCCUGGACUAUGAGGCCACCCGGGAGUUCAACGUGGUCAUCGUGGCUGUGGACUCCGGCAGCCCCAGCCUCUCCAGCAACAACUCGCUGGUGGUCAAGGUGGGAGACACCAACGACAACCCGCCCGUGUUCGACCAGUCGGUGGUGGAGGUCUACUUCCCCGAGAACAACAUCCCCGGGGCGAGGGUGGCCACCGUGCUGGCCACCGACGCCGACAGCGGGAAGAACGCGGAGAUCGCGUACUCGCUGGACUCGUCGGUGAUGGGGGUGUUCGCCAUCGAUCCCGACUCCGGGGACAUCCUGGUCAACACGGUGCUGGACCGCGAGCAGACGGACAGGUACGAGUUUAAAGUGAACGCCAGAGACAAGGGCGUCCCGGUGCUGCAGGGCAGCACCACGGUGAUCGUGCAGGUGGCCGACAAGAACGACAACGACCCCAAGUUCAUGCAGGACGUCUUUACCUUCUACGUGAAGGAGAACUUGCAGCCCAACAGCCCCGUGGGGAUGGUCACGGUGAUGGAUGCCGACAAGGGGCGCAAUGCCGAGAUGAGCCUCUACAUAGAGGAGAACAGCAACAUUUUUUCCAUUGAGAACGACACGGGGACCAUCUACUCCACCGUGUCUUUCGACCGGGAGCAUCAGACCACCUACACAUUCCGAGUCAAGGCUGUGGAUGGAGGCGAUCCUCCCAGAUCAGCCACGGCCACCGUCUCUCUCUUUGUUAUGGAUGAGAAUGACAAUGCCCCCACGGUGACCCUGCCCAGAAACCUGUCCUACACUUUGCUGCCUCCUUCGAGUAAUGUCAGGACAGUGGUAGCCACGGUGUUGGCCACAGACAGUGAUGAUGGCAUCAAUGCAGACCUGAACUACAGCAUUGUGGGAGGGAAUCCCUUCAAGCUCUUUGAGAUUGAUUCCACCAGUGGUGUGGUUUCCUUAGUGGGGAAACUCACCCAAAAGCAUUAUGGCUUGCACAGGCUGGUGGUGCAAGUGAAUGACAGUGGGCAGCCUUCCCAAUCCACCACAGCGCUGGUGCAUGUGUUUGUCAAUGAAAGUGUCUCCAAUGCGACUGUGAUCGACUCCCAGAUAGCCAGGAGUUUGCACACCCCACUCACCCAGGACAUAGCCGGUGACCCAAGCUAUGAAAUUAGCAAGCAGAGACUCAGUAUUGUCAUUGGGGUGGUUGCUGGAAUUAUGACAGUGAUUCUCAUCAUCUUAAUUGUAGUGAUGGCAAGAUACUGCCGGUCCAAGAAUAAGAAUGGCUAUGAGGCUGGCAAAAAAGAUCACGAAGACUUUUUUACACCCCAACAGCACGACAAAUCUAAAAAGCCUAAAAAGGACAAGAAAAACAAAAAAUCCAAGCAGCCUCUCUACAGCAGCAUUGUCACCGUGGAAGCUUCUAAGCCAAAUGGACAGAGGUACGACAGUGUCAAUGAGAAGCUGUCAGAGAGCCCCAGCAUGGGCCGGUACCGAUCUGUCAAUGGCGGGCCUGGCAGUCCUGACCUGGCCAGGCAUUACAAAUCUAGUUCCCCAUUGCCCACUGUCCAGCUUCACCCCCAGUCACCAACUGCAGGGAAAAAACACCAGGCCGUACAAGACCUACCACCAGCCAACACAUUUGUGGGAGCAGGAGACAACAUUUCAAUUGGAUCAGAUCACUGCUCUGAAUACAGCUGUCAAACCAAUAACAAGUACAGCAAACAGAUGCGUCCACCUCCAUACAUUACUGUGUUUGGCUGAAUUCCACUCUAAUAUGAGGCUCCUUUAUGCACCAUACUCUGAUGACCUUGCUACUCCGAAACCUGCUGGAGCCUGCCCUUGGCCGUGGGAUAUCAGCCAAUCACUGCUCGUUCCACUUGUUGUGCAUUUGAUUUUCAAGUUUAUUUUUUUUUAAUUUAAGGAAAAUAGUAUUAAAAUAAAUAAACAUAAAAGAAGCAGUAUUAAUAAAGAAAUGUGCCACUAAUGGAUGUCUCUAAAUCGCCAGGAAUUCCAUUCUCAAAGAAGUGGUUAGCAAGGACUUAAUUGUGAAGUCUUUUAAAAAAUCCAACAGCAUAUUUCAACCAUAAUUUUAAGACUCUGGCGUUGUGCGAACCAAGGGAAAUUUAAGUCUAUUAAGUCUUUGUCUAAUACAUUAAAUACCGACUUUCAAUAAAAUCCUAAAUUGAUCCAUAUUUUUCAAGUGUUAUACGAUCACCGCCUUUUCCUGGCUAUUGAGAUAAUUCUCUUAGAGUCAAAGAUAGGGUCUCUCUCAUUCUGUGUGUGCAUUUUGAAAUACCACUGUGUGUGUGUGUGUAUGUGUGUGUGCGUGUGCACACUCCUGUACGUGUAUUCCAGGGCCUCCAGCAAUAUUUAUGCAAAGUAUUGGCUGUAUGUCAGAUUGCAGAGGUUAGCUUUGUAUUUACCACAGGCACUGCCAAUGGAUUGCUUUUCCUUAAUCCUGAAAUACUAACCAGAGUAUCUAUAGAAUGUUCAAGGUGUUUUUUGGUUAAAGUCCUUAAGAAAAUUUUUAGGGCCUUUCAGUUGGAUUUAUUGAAGUCUCCGUGGUCACAUUCAGAAGGAAUAUGCGCGGCUUCCUGUUUUUGUGAACUGCAUUUGUCUGAAAGCUGUUUCUAUUUGAUGUCAGAUAACAUAAAUUCCAGCAGCUUCUGAGAAUUCAGCAUGUUACAGCAUAUUACAUACUGUUGAGAGAGCAAGUGGUCGGAUUUUAGUUGUAUAAGUGACUUUCUAGGUAAGUCAGGGAGUCCUCUGGCUGGUCCCUGUAUGUUUGUAUAUUUAUGUCUCUGGUUGUUAUGUUAGACAUGUUUAUGUGCCAUAAAAUAAGUGUUUCAUAUUGUAUGUUUGACAGUUUUAUAAUACAUCUACCACAUCAUCUGCCCUUUUAAAGUUUCCCCCAAGUUUUAAAAUACUGAUUAAGAAUGCCAGGUAGCCCAGCCCGUGUGGCUCAGUGGUUGAACUAGGAGGUCACUAAUUUCACUCCCUGUCAGGGCACAUGACCGGGUUGCUGCUCGGUUCUUAGUGUGGGCAUGUAGAAGGCAGCCGAUCAAUGAUUCUCUCUCAUCAUUGAUGUUUCUAUCUUUCCCUCUCCCUUCCUCGCUGAAAUCAAUAAAACUAUUUUUUAUAAAAGAAGAAGAAGAAAAAAGACCAGGUUUUUGAGAUUUUCUUUCUUUUUUUUUUUUUUUGUCAAUCAUAGUCAAUACCAAAGCCCUUUAAGCAAAAUAAAUAAAUAUUGGAACAGUAUUAAAGUGUGGAGUGCUAGGAAAUGCACUCUAGCACAUAUAACUCUCUCAUGUAUGGUAUAUAUUUCAGCCUUUUUACUCUUAUUAGCUGUUGAUUUAAAUUUUUUUAAAGGAAAAUUUCAGUAAUGUCAUUGAGACUAUAGUACAGUUCCUGAACAAAACCCAGUUAUCCUCAGCUCUUUAUUUUGAGCACAAGGACAAGCGUACCAGGUAAGAAGCUGGUGAAAAGAAUCCUUACCACUUUCUGCUUCUUGGGAAUGUCACGUUUCCUCAUCCUAAGUAGUAAGCUUCCUUAGAUGUCCUUAAACUUUGAAUCCUGUAACAAAUCACAUUAUUUCAAAAACAAAUUAUGGACAACAAAGCCCAGGAUUUGGGCAUAAUCUGAUGUGCAACUGCAGAGAGGCAAUAUUUAGAAAUACCUUCACAAAGAACAUUCUAAGGCAGCAGUUUGCCAACUCCAAUAACAUACUAAUGGGGCAUGAGUCAAUUUGUGAGUCUACCACUAUUCAAGUGACAUGAAAUAAAGCAGAAAAAUUCCGAGUAUGUCACCCAUCAGAGUAAAUGUUGUCUUGUGCAAUCUAUGCUUCAGCUGUGUUGUGUGCAUGUGUGUUUUCCUGUUCUUGGUUGCUAUGCAAAAAAAAAAAAAAAUGUCUUAUUGUGGUAAUAGUUGCAAGGGUUGAGAACUACCAUUCUAGAUUGUUUGGGAUGGAACAUGAUGGUGAUUUACCAUUACAUUAGAAAAACAUCAUAAAUCAAAACAAAAAAUUACUAACAUUCCCAAAGAUUUCUUCCAGCCUAAUAUUAAGCUGAAUUAAAUGAUCAACAGCAUACUGCUACAGUAGCAUUUAUCAACAGCAGAGAGUUUUUGAGAAGUCUGUUAUCAUUCCUCUGUUUUUUGUUUUAAAUCUUUGAAUGUGUCACUCACCAUUGGUCCUGCCUCUGCACAGACUUACCCUCUCCCCCACCCCCUGUCUCCUGGACAGCCUUUCUGGGAAUGCUGGAAUUUAUUACCACUUAGGGAGGUGGCUGAGGUCAGAUGGAGAUAGACUCAGAACACAUCACCCAUCACCCUACAUAUUUUAGCAUUUGGACAUUUUAUUUUAAACAACAAGACAUUAAUUCAUUAAGAGGGAGAUAAGAAUGUUACAGGCUGGUUUAGAUAAUGUCUAUUUUUUUUAGUACAGCUGACAUUCUCACUCAUAUUUAGUAUGCAAAGAAUACUAAGAGUCUUCGUCCUUAUGGAAUUAAUAUCAUCAUAUAAAGAAGAUUACGGAGCAGAAAAAUGACAGAUUAUAUUUGCAUCAUGCUUCCUAAGUUUGAGAGAAUUUAAUGAAUGUUGAUUUGCUUCUCAGACCAAUCUUGUGAGGAAAAAAACCCACCCUCUUUCUUUUUUUCUGAGGUGAGGAAACUGAAUUAAUGAACAGCUUUUUCAUAACUCUGGUGGAGUUGCUUAAGAACUUUAUAACGUCUACGAAAAAAUGUCCAGUCAGAACUCGAGUACUGAAAACAUCUUCAAAAUGUGUGCUUUUGAAGAUGGUGUAUUUUCAGAAUUAUCUGGAUAAAAUCUCCCCAAAAGACUUGUCCAGACCAGCUCCAGUUUUUCAGACAUUCUCGCAUCAUAAAUAGCACUUCACACUACCAGAAAAGGAAGUGCUGUGGGUGUCAUUUGAAGAUCUAAUUAAUCUGAUUUAUAAACAACAACCUCAUAGGUGAUUAAAAAACCCCUGAAGAAUUAAAGGUAAUUCACUGUAACCUAACUUCAUUUUUGAAGCUCUCUCUAAAAAAAAGACCUAAGUCCUUAGGAAGUCAUUCUGAAAUUUAAAAGAUCUCUUCUGGAAUAAUCUUUUAUCUGUAACUUUGCAAAAAUACUUUUUAAAAAAUACGUGUGAUUGUUUUUAGCCAAUCACUUUACAGAGAAUGAAUUGAUUAGUUGUGUCUUUAAGAUACACUGCAAGGUUUAGGAUGUAAUUAAAACAAUGACUAGAAUAAGGUCUUUGCCUUCAAAGAUAGGACAGUGCAAAAAUAAUACACACAAGGCAAGGGAUACAUGAAACUUAGAGGGACCACCCCAAGUCUGUUGUCCAUCAUGGUAUGUCCCAGGGCCCGCUAGAGUGCCCAGCAGACGGGAGACACUCAUGAAUGUUUGUUGAGCAAAUGAAUAGAGCUUGGGCUUGGUGCUAGGUAGCCUGCAGAUCCAUCCACAUUGGAUCCCUGGACCAUGGUGUGGCCACUUUCCUGUCAGACACCAAGAGCCCACUAACUGCUGUUUUCUUUCCCUGCUGGGUGCAUGUCUUUGUGAUAAAAGGCUGCCUGCUGUGCUGGCUAGAGUCCCUGUCUUCUCUGCGUGGGGUAUGACUCUUGCUUAAACAGCAAAAUUCUCUGAUUUUCUCUCCUUCCUUCUUGGUGUUGUUCUAAACACCAUACCCUUAAAAAAAGGAUAAAACUAGUAAACUAAAGCAAAUAUUUAAGGUAAGUAAGGGAGGCACUGGCCAUGCAGUAGACUUCUGAGGGGGGAUGAAGAGCAAGCACGCAAACAUGGGUUUUCAGUGUUGUUCUAGAGAUCCUUACCUGUGGAAAGCAUACAGGUUUGGGCUCAAGUAGGUUUACCGUUAUUUGUGUGAAAAAAUGCACUAACUAACAAAUAAUAAUACAAGAGUAAACUCUGUUUUCUGCAAAUUUACAACUGUAAACCUGCUUUUGCCCCACCCUGUGUAUGUGCCUGAAUGCCAGCAUGAGUCUCUCUACUCGUCAGUGUGUAUAUUCCUGCAGGAAUUCAUUUAUUCGGUGUGCCAACCCAUGCUCGCUGAUGAAGGGUAAGGUUCCAUUUCAUUCUGGCUGCACAUGGCGAGCAGUCACUUCUAAAGAUGAAACGUGUACUUGGCUUAACUAAGGGCAGAGGGUCUGCAAGAGGGAAUGUGCCCUCACUGGGAGUGGUGGGCAGUGAGGUAGGAGCUAAGAAAGGCUUCACAACUCAAAAGCACUCCUUAGUUGCCCAGCAUUCCCAAGAGCACCUCUUUUGAAUUGCAAAUGACGCCUGAAAGAGCCCUGUUCAGUCUCUGGCACACCCUGGUGUAAAUUGCAUUAAGCAGAUAACUAGGCCAGCACCUCACAAAGGUCCGUAGUUCUUAAAUGGUGAUUCUCAGUAGGGCCUUGAGGAGGGAGUGCAGCCUUCCGUAGGUCAGAAGACAGAACUCUGCCGGAGGUAAGGUGAGAUUAUAUCAGGGUAUUCAGGCCUGCCAAAGGCAAAUGCUUGUGGCCUUGAAUUUUGGCCCUGACCCUGCUGAGCCUAAGGGUGCCACUAAAUGUCAUGGCUUAAUAGGAUUGCAAGAUCGGUGUCAAAAAGUGGUAACCCUCUACUUCCUCCCAUGUCAGCCAGGUGUUUUGUUCUGUUUGUUUGUUUGCUUUCAGUUUAGAAUAUCAGGCCCAACUGCUCUAUCUCCAUUCAUCUUCUCACCCUUAUACUUUGGAAGUAAGUAAAAACAAACAAAAAAACAAA